AAAGAAAUGACUUCCACUGCAACCAUCCGAACCCCUUCUAGUGCUGUUGUUGUCAACAAGAUUGGACAUGGAUUGAUGUCCAUGACAUGGCAGGUUGUAGCCCCAAAAUCGGAUGAGGAGUGCUUUGAGACUAUCAAAGCCGGCGUUGAUUCGCUCCCGAAUGGUGUCAAGAUGUUUCUGAACGGCGGUGAGUUCUACGGUCCGGAGAACCACAUGACAGCGAACCUCGACAUGCUCUCUCGGUUCUUUGAGAAGUACCCCGACUAUACCAAGAAGACGUUCCUGUCUGUGAAGGGCGGCACCAAAGCAAACGAACGGGUCCUCGACGGAAGCGCUGCCAACACCACUCGCAGCGUCAACGCCGUAAUUGAGAGACUGCGUGGCAAGAAAAAGCUCGAUCUUUUCGAGUGCGCUCGUGUCGAUCCCAAGGUCCCCCUUGAGGAAACUAUUGGGGUUCUCGCCGAGUUCGUCAAAGAGGGAAAGAUAGGUUCUAUCGGCAUGUCGGAAGUGAGAGCAGAGACGCUGCUCCGUGGACACAAGAUUCAUCCUAUUGCUGCUGUUGAGAUCGAAGUAAGUCCUUGGGAGUAUGGCCCCGAGCAGCAAGCCGUUAUCAAGGCAGCAAAAGAGAACAACAUUGCUGUCGUUGCCUAUUCACCUAUUGGCAGAGGCUUCCUGUCGGGCGAAAUCAAGAAGUUCGAAGACAUUCCGGAGACUGAUUUACGCCGUUACUUCCCUCGAUUCCAUCCCGACAACUUCGACAAGAAUUUCGACAUCGUAAACAAGCUCUCUGCUAUUGCCAAAGAGAAGAACGUCACUCCCGCUCAACUCUCUAUUGCAUGGGUUUCAAGCCUUGGAGAUCAUAUUGUUCCUAUUCCUGGCUCUAGCCGUAAGGAUCGCACUCUCGAGAACCUUGCUGGAAACAAUGUCAAACUCACAGCGGAUGAUCUCAAGCAAGUCAACGAAGUCAUCGAUAAUGCUACGUUUGUCGGAAACAGAUAUCCUGGAGAUCAAAAGGCGGCGUUCCUCUGGGGGUAAUGUUUUACGGCACUGUGUUACAUUCAUCUUCGAAAGAUGUAGACAUCGAAUGGAUUCCCUGGUACAACGUGUAUGGUAGACAUGUGUACCCAAUGGUGAAUAUAAAUAGUGGUGC